AUGGCUGUGUCCUGGAGGAGCUGGCUGGCCAACGAAGGGGUUAAACAUCUCUGCCUGCUCAUCUGGCUCUCCCUGAAUGUCCUGCUUUUUUGGAAGACUUUUCUGCAAUAUAACCAAGGGCCUGAGUAUUACUACCUCCACCAGAUGUUGGGGCUAGGAUUGUGUCUAAGCAGAGCCUCUGCAUCUGUUCUUAACCUCAACUGCAGCCUUAUCCUUUUACCCAUGUGCCGAACCCUCCUGGCUUACCUUCGAGGAUCCCGGAAGGUUCCAAGCAGACAAACAAGACGACUGUUGGAUAAAAGCAGAACAUUCCAUAUAACCUGUGGUGUUACUAUCUGUGUUUUCUCAGGUGUGCAUGUGGCUGCCCAUCUGGUGAAUGCCCUCAAUUUCUCAGUGAACUACAGCGAAGAUUUUGUGGAACUGAAUGCAGCAAGAUACCGAGAUGAGGUACUGAAGACCAAAAGAAAUUACUUGAUACUGAAACCAAAGGAGAUAUUAAUUCCAUUAAAAGGGGGUGGGUCGGUGAGUACUGUGGUGGAAAAAAACAUUCCUGGCCUGACAGGCGUCUGCAUGGUAUUGGUACUAUUCCUCAUGAUUACAGCUUCUACAUAUGCGAUCCGAGUUUCUAACUAUGACAUCUUCUGGUAUACUCAUAACCUCUUCUUUGUCUUCUACAUGCUAUUGAUGUUGCAUGUUUCAGGAGGGCUGCUGAAGUAUCAAACUAAUUUAGAUACCCACCCUCCUGGCUGUAUCAAUCUUAACCAGACCCGCUACCAGAAUAUUCCCUUACCAGAGUAUCUCGCAGAGGACUUGGACUUCCAUGAACUUUUCCCUGGAGAAUUUUCAAAACCAGAUGAGCUCACCAAGAAUACAUUUGUGAAGAUUUGUGUGGAAGAGCCCAGAUUCCAAGCUAAUUUUCCACAGACUUGGCUUUGGAUUUCUGGACCUUUGUGCCUGUACUGUGCUGAAAGGCUUUACAGAUGUAUCCGAAGCAAUAAGCCCGUCACCAUCAUCUCAGUUAUAAAUCAUCCCUCAGAUGUUAUGGAAAUUCGAAUGGUCAAAGAAAAUUUUAAAGCAAGACCUGGCCAGUAUAUUAUCCUACAUUGUCCUAGUGUGUCUGCAUUAGAAAAUCAUCCAUUUACCCUCACAAUGUGCCCUACUGAAACCAAAGCAACGUUUGGGGUCCAUCUUAAAAUAGUAGGAGACUGGACAGAACGGUUCCGAGAUUUACUACUUCCUUCAGCCAGUCAAGAUUCUGAAAUUCUGCCCUUCAUUCAAUCUAGGAAUUAUCCCAAGCUGUACAUCGAUGGCCCAUUUGGAAGUCCAUUUGAAGAAUCACUGAACUAUGAGGUUAGCCUCUGUGUGGCUGGAGGCAUUGGAGUCACUCCAUUUGCAUCGAUACUGAAUACUCUGCUGGAUGACUGGAAACCAUACAAGCUUAGAAGACUGUAUUUUAUUUGGGUGUGCAGAGAGAUUCAAUCUUUCCGUUGGUUUGCAGACUUACUCUGUGUGUUGCAUAACAAGUUUUGGCAAGAGAACAGACCUGACUAUGUCAACAUCCAGCUGUACCUCAGUCAAACAGAUGGGAUACAGAAAAUUAUUGGAGAAAAAUAUCAGGCAUUGAAUUCAAGACUUUUUAUUGGACGUCCUCGGUGGAAAAUUCUGUUUGAUGAAAUAGCCAAAUGUAACAGAGGGAAAACAGUUGGUGUUUUCUGCUGCGGACCCAGUUCAGUUUCCAAGACUCUUCAUAAAUUGAGUAACCAAAACAACUCAUAUGGGACAAGAUUUGAAUACAAUAAAGAAUCUUUCAGCUGA